AUGCCACUGUUGUGGAACGCCCGUCCCAGGUACCACAUUAUCCUUCUAUUCAAGGCCACCUGCCUAGGGGCUGGUUAUCUAUGUACACCCGUGUCCUUACUCCAGCAUCGUCGGUCAGAGAAUCUGGGUACGUUUACAGCGCCUCCCCGAGUGACCCAGGGUAAGGCACGUUUUGCUUCAAAGCCGCUCCAGGCCUCUGGCCGGUUCUGUGUGGAUCUGGUCCGCGAUUCCGUAGGCUUUGGCCUCACCUUAAGUGGGGGCCGAGAUGCUGCUGCGGACGCUCCACUGGCCGUGCGCGGGCUGCUAAAGGACGGGCCAGCACAGCGCUGCGGUCGUUUGCAGGCCGGCGACCUAGUGCUCCAAAUUAACGGAGAGUCAGCGCUGGGCCUCACCCAUGCCCAGGUCGUGGAGCGGAUCUGCGCUGGAGGACCCCGGCUUCACCUUGUGCUCCACCGGCCUCUUGAGACCCACCCCGGCAAGCCUGAGGGGGUGGGAGGACCCCAGAAAGGAGAUAUUCUGCCAUCCCCAGUUCGCAGCCCAGAUCCUAGGGGGCUGGAGUUGAUGAGGUCUGGCAGCGGCAACAAUUCCCCAGUUCAGCACCCUCGAUCCCAUACAAAGCUCAAGACCCAGGGCAGCCCGGAGCCUGGUCCAGAGGCUGCGGCGGACAGCACCGCCAUUCUUCUUCCUGAGCGCCACACGGAGGACCCCGACAACCGUAUCCCCGGUUCCCCGGGGCCCUGGCUGGUGCCGAGCGAGGAACAGCUCUCGCGGGCCCUAGGGGUCCCGAGGGCUGCGCAGCUUGCUCAGGAGAUGGCAGCGGGAAGGCGGAGGCACUGAGCAUACAUCAGACGACUCCAUUCUCACUGGGUACGGCCCGACCUGGAUUUUUCGUGCCCCUCCGGCCUCUUCGCACUAUCAUCGCCCCAAGAGCUUCCAUUUGGUGUGAUCCCCCCUCCCGCUGCACAGUUGAUUGGCCCACACUCAACUCGCAGCGUCAGUGGUGCGGCCCUCCCAGACCCGCCAGCCCAGAGCUUGUUGGUUCAGGCGGGGGAGGUAAUAAAACG